AUGAACAAUGUCACUAUCUAUAUUUCUAAAUUAUACACCUUCUUGAUAAUAAUAUUAUUUUAUUUUCGUAUUUCUGUUCAUGGUAAAUUAUCCUUAUUCUAUCCGUGUUAUUAUUCAUCGAUUCAAUAUCACAAUUCAUUGUCACUAUUUCAAUGUGAUUUUUGUUCAUGUAUAAUUCAGUCACCAUCACUACUACCACCACAACAAUCAUCAACAAAUCUCUGUAUAUUAUUAAAUAAUAUUAAUAGUAAGAAACGAGAAUUAUGUAUGAAUAAAAAUGAUAAUAGUUAUUUUUUUGAAAAUUUAUUAUCAAAAUUAAAUUCAAUUGAAUAUGAAACAAGACAACAAUUGUUAUUAUAUUCAUCCUAUUUAGAACAACAAUAUCAAUGGCAAGAUAACGAAUUUGAAUUAGCAUUAGCAUUAAAUAAUGUAGAAUUGAAUAGAAACACAUUUCAUCAAUUACUUACACUUUUUUGUUCAUAUAAUUUUACAAAAAUAACAUUUUAUUAUUUACAGUAUGAUACGAUACUAAAUAAUAAAGAAAAACCACAACAUUUUUGUCAUUUAUCACAAACCUAUUCUAUACGCUAUAUAAAUUCAUUUUUUAAUGAUUAUUCCGUAGUAUUAAAUCAUCAUCAUCAACAAACAGUGAUAUUUUAUAAUUCAACAUUAAACAUAACAUCAUUGAAUACUACAGCUCAUAUUUUAUCUUUUUAUUAUGUGAAUUUUAAACGUAAAACAUUUUCACUCUCCUCAUUAUCAUCAUUAAUUCAUUUGACAAUAUCUCAUUCUUCCUUAUCAUCAUCAUUCAUCACAUUAAAUGGUUUAUUUGAACGUCUAUUAUAUCUUGAUUUAUGCAGUAAUGAAUUAACAGAUGAUAAAUUAAAUCAUCUAAUACAAACAAUGGAAGCACCAGAUUUAAUUACUCUAAUAUUAUCUAAAAAUAAAUUGACUAUAUUAACAAAUUUAUUUAAACAUUUAUCAACAAUAAGAUAUUUAGAUUUAUCAUUAAAUCAAAUAAAAAUGAUUGAUUAUUUUACAUUUAAAGAUAUUUAUUCUUUAAAUUCUCUUAAUCUAAGUUAUAAUUUAAAUAUUGAUAUUAAAUUUGAUACAUUCAAUCGAAUACCCUAUCUUGAAAUAUUAGAUAUUAGUUAUUGUCAAUUAAAACAAUUAUCAUCUGAACAUUUAUUUACACCAUUACAAAAAUUACGCUAUUUAAAUUUAACAAAUAAUCAUUUAACAAAUAUCGUUCGAUUACCUAUUCCAUAUGAUUCUUAUUCUAUAUUAGUAAACAACAAUUAUGAUUAUAAUCUACCUAUACUCUAUGCUGAUUUAUCACAUAAUAAUAUUGAAUUAAUUGAUUAUGAACGAUUAAUAUCCACACAAGAACGAUAUGUUAUUAAUUUAAAUUUAGAAUUUAAUAAUAUAAAAACAUUACAAUUUCAAGAGAGAAAACGUGGUCCAGUAAUUGAAUUAAAUAUUAAUAAUAAUCGAAUCAAUUGUGAUUGUACACUCUAUGAAAAUUUAAAUAUUAUACAGGGAAUAAAUGAGCCAAUACAUCACACAUUUUUUAACGGUAAUAUCAAGUUUUAG